AUGGCUGCUUAUCUCAUACCCGAAGCUGAGACGGCUAUCAUCGCAAUGCAGAACUCGUCAGGUCUGGGCGAUGCAUGCGACUGGAUUCCUCAGAUGGUCAUCCACAAACUGUCAGGCAGUACUAAGACCAUUGAGUUUCCACAGCUUGCUACUGUGGCUGCGAAGGCGGCUCCGGGCUUUUCUGAGAAAAUUCAAGAUGAGCUUCAAAAGAGACGAGAAAUACAGGCCGCUACUGGAAUGCUCUUCACAAUUUCCGCAUCGACAUCCCCGUCCUUGAUGGCCGCCUCUACAUGA